UGAGCCAGUUUUUCUUUUCUUCACUUCUUGCAUAACACACACACGCACACACACACACAUAUCGUCUUCUCAGAUCCGUCUCUCUCCUCACUAAAACAAAAAAGAGAGAGAAAACAGAGCUUCACUCGCCAUGAACAUGGCGAUUAGGGUUUUUCUAUUCUCUCUACUCCUUUUAUCAACUGCUAUCCCAACCUUUUCUCUUUACGAAGAUCAAGUUGGUCUUAUGGAUUGGCAUCAGCGGUACAUAGGAAAAGUGAAGGAUGCAGUAUUUCACACACAGAAAACUGGUAGAAAGCGCGUUAUCGUUUCCACUGAAGAGAACGUUAUCGCUUCUCUUGAUCUUCGCCAUGGCGAGAUUUUUUGGAGGCAUGUAUUUGGGACCAAUGAUGCUAUUGAUGGAAUUGAUAUUGCCAUGGGGAAAUAUGUCAUUACCCUUUCGUCAGAGGGAGGUAUUUUAAGAGCAUGGAACCUUCCUGAUGGACAGAUGGUGUGGGAAUCUUUUCUUCAGGGUCUUAAUCCCUCAAAGUCAUUAUUACUGGUGCCGGCGAGCUUCAAAGUUGAUAAGGACAACACGAUCCUUGUCUUUGGUAAAGGAUGUCUCAGUGCUAUUUCAAGCAUACAUGGUGAGAUUAUCUGGAAGAAGGAUUUUGCUGCUGAAAGUUUUGAGGUUCAGCAAGUGAUUCAGCCCCCUAGUAGUGAUAUUAUAUAUGUGGUAGGAUUUGUUGGUUCUUCACAGUUUGAUGCAUAUCAAAUUAAUGCAAAGAAUGGAGAGCUUCUGAAGCAUGAAAGUGCUGCACUUUCUGGUGGUUUUUCGGGGGAAGUUUCUUUAGUUUCAACUAAUACACUUGUGGUGCUGGAUUCUACUGGGUCAGCUUUGACAGCAGUGAGCUUUCAGAAUGGAGAAAUUAGCUUUCAGAAAACAUACAUAUCAGAUCUUAUUGCAGAUCCCAUGGGGAUGGCAAUGAUAAUACCUUCAAAACUUAUAGGGGUGUUUGCUUUGAAAACCCAUUCAUUUAUGAUAUUUAUAAGAGUGACAGAUGAAGGUAACUUGGAGGUGAUAGAUAAAAUAAAGCAUGUAACAGCUGUUAGUGAUUCUCUUUCAUUAUUAGAGGACUGGCAGGCAUUUGCAAUCGUUGAACAUCGUGGCGAGGAUAUUUACCUUACAGUGAAGCUUAGUCAUAACUGGAAUGGUGAUUUGCUUAAGGAGAGCAUUAAGAUGGACCACCAAAGAGGGAUAGUCCAUAAGGUUUUCAUAAACAAUUAUAUCCGGACAGAUAGGACUCAUGGAUUUAGGGCAUUGAUUGUUAUGGAAGAUCAUUCGCUUUUACUGCUACAACAAGGUGAGAUUGUAUGGAGUAGGGAAGAUGGCCUUGCCUCAAUCAUAGAUGUAACAACAUCUGAACUUCCUGUUGAGAAGGAAGGUGUAUCAGUGGCAAAAGUGGAACAGAACCUUUUUGAAUGGCUGAAGGGACAUAUUCUGAAGCUUAAGGGUACCUUAAUGCUUGCAAGCCCUGAGGAUGUAGUGGCCAUACAGGCCAUGAGGUUGAAAAGCUCCGAGAAGAGCAAAAUGACCAGAGACCAUAAUGGUUUCCGGAAGCUGCUCAUUGCUCUCACCAAGUCUGGAAAGGUUUUUGCCUUGCAUACUGGAGAUGGACGGGUAGUGUGGUCUGUUUUUAUGAAUUCUCUACGUAAAUCAGAUGCAUGUGAAAACCCAACUGGGGUUAAUAUGUAUCAGUGGCAAGUUCCUCACCACCAUGCAAUGGAUGAGAAUCCAUCUGUGCUGGUUGUUGGCAGGUGUAGGCCAAGUUCUGAUGCACUAGGUGUACUGUCUUUUAUUGAUACUUACACCGGGAAGGAGCUUAGUUCUUCCAGUCUUGCUCAUUCUGUCGUGCAAGUGAUUCCGCUAACUUUUACAGAUUCAACUGAACAACGGCUGCAUCUACUAAUAGAUGCUGACCAAAAAGCACAUUUAUACCCAAAAACACCUGAGGCUGUUGGUAUUUUUCAGCGUGAGUUUUCAAACAUUUUCUGGUACUCAGUUGAGGCUGACAGUGGCAUCAUUAGAGGGCAUGCAUUGAAGGGCAAUUGCAUUGGUGAAGUAGCAGAUGAAUAUUGCUUUGAAACUAAGCGUAUAUGGUCGAUUUUAUUCCCCUUGGAAUCAGAAAAGAUCAUCACGACUGUGACUAGAAAGGCAAAUGAGGUGGUUCAUACUCAAGCAAAGGUUAUAGCAGACCAAGAUGUGAUGUACAAAUAUAUAUCAAAAAAUUUGCUUUUUGUGGUGACUGUUACACCAAAAGCCAUUGGGGGUAUUGGAACAGCUACGCCGGAGGAAUCAUGGUUGGUUGCAUAUCUUAUCGAUACUGUCACUGGUCGCAUAUUGCAUCGUAUGACUCAUCAUGGCGCAAACGGUCCUGUCCAUGCAGUUUUUAGUGAAAACUGGGUUGUUUACCACUACUUUAAUCUUAGAGCUCACAGAUAUGAGAUGUCAGUCAUUGAAAUAUAUGACCAAUCUCGGGCGGACAACAAAGAUGUUUGGAAGCUUCUUCUUGGAAAGCAUAAUCUCACUUCUCCCAUCUCCUCCUAUUCUCGACCAGAGGUCAUAACAAAGUCACAAUCGUACUUCUUUACCCAUUCUGUCAAAGCAAUAGCUGUUACUUCUACAACCAAGGGCAUAACUUCAAAGCAAUUGCUUCUUGGUACAAUUGGUGAUCAGGUUUUGGCACUUGAUAAGCGUUUCUUGGAUCCUCGUCGGUCUAUUAACCCCACACAAGCAGAGAAAGAAGAAGGAAUUUUACCUCUUACAGAUUCAUUGCCAAUUAUGCCUCAGUCAUAUGUUACACAUGCCCUUCAAGUAGAGGGCCUACGAGGCAUAAUAACAGUCCCUGCAAAACUUGAAUCGACCACGCUUGUAUUUGCAUAUGGUGUGGAUCUCUUCUUCACUCGCAUUGCGCCUUCAAGGACCUAUGAUUCUCUUACAGAGGAUUUUAGCUAUGCCUUGUUGCUCCUAACAAUUGUUGCACUUGUGGUGGCGAUAUUUGCAACAUGGAUUUUGUCAGAGAAGAAAGAACUACGGGACAAGUGGAGGUGAAUUUAGUCUCUGCUCAGUUUUUGCCAUAACAAUUUUCUUUGUUUUUCCUUCUUGUUUAGGAAAAAGAACGUGUCAGCUUGAUUUUUGCUGGAAUUAGAUCAAGGAGAUUCACUCCAAACUUGUAAUUUUAACUGAUCUGUAGCAUCUCCGUGUUUAAUUUUGCAUUAUUUUUACAGUACAGUAGGAACGAUCAAAAUUAGCUUCUCAUCUUGUAAGUCACAGAUUUUAUCCUAAAGGAAAAUAUUUUGUUAUUCAA